CGUACUUCCCCAGGCACUCCGGAUCCGGCGGGGAACUCAGGAGGCGGGAAAAGCAACGUGCCCUUCGCGGCAGGGCGCAGGAGGAUGGCCGUCUGCCCCCUGUCAUGAGCUCGACCCGCUCCUCUCCGCCUCCCCGCCCAGCCCUGCCCUGCCCAGCCGGGAGCCGUGGGGGCCGGGCGAAGAGUCUCGGAGCGCACGGGAGGCGGAGAACGCAGGUAGCAAAGGAGGAGGAAGAGGCUGCUGGCAGCACUUGGUGGAGGAGCGGACCGCCGCAGCCGAGCUCCGAUGGGCGAACUCGAGGCGGAUGAUAAGCUUGGGCCCGGUACGCAGAACCCCCUGGGUAGGGCCAGGAGCUCCGCUCACCAUCACACUGGCGCCGGGCGAAGGCGCCGGGCUGUGCGCGCCCUCAGCAAACUGGCUCGGCGUCUCCUGCAAACUUUGCGGGGGGCGCGGCGGCGGCGGGGGGAAGGCGCUGAGGCGGAAGACGACGAAGGCGGCUUUAAGCGACCGCCCGGCCCAGAUCACGGUCAAGCAGGUGGCGGCGUCCGAUUGUGGUUGGGCGCGCUGAGCCCACCUCCUGCGGCCAGUUCCGGGGAUCCGCGCCCGCUCACCCCUGGCGCGCAGGGACUCAAGAAUCACGGCAACACGUGUUUCCUGAACGCCGUGGUGCAGUGCCUGAGCCAUACCGAGCUACUCGCCGCCUUCCUCCUGCUGUCUUUGCCCGACCAGCCGAGGCAACCUAGACCUGGAUCGAAAGCCGCCUCUGGAGAGGUCACUCAACACUUGGCAGCACUUGUACGCGCGCUCUGGACCCUCGAGUACACCCCACAGCUCUCCGCAGACUUCAAGAAUGUUGUCUCUAAAUAUGGUGCACAGUUUCGUGGAAAUGCACAACAUGAUGCCCUGGAGUUCCUUCUGUGGUUGCUGGACCGCAUGCAUGAAGACCUGUGUUCUGUUUCUUUUAGUCAAAAACUAAAGAUGUCUGGAAAGCCACUAAGUGGACAGGAAGACAGCAUCCGCAGUGGAAGUGCCCAGGCAACUGUUCAGCCUCCCAAGGGCCAAAGCUUUGUGCAGAAUCACUUCCAAGCCCAGUACAGAUCUUCAUUGACUUGCCCUCAUUGCCAGAAACAGAGCAAUACUUUUGAUCCCUUUCUGUGUAUCUCAUUGCCCAUCCCCUUGCGUCAGACCAGGCCUUUGAAUGUCACUCUUGUCUUCCAGUCCAAAAGCCAGCGAUUUGUGCGUGUGGGCCUAGCUGUGCCUCUCUUCAGCACUGUGGCAAAGUUGAGGGAAAUGGUGGCAGAAGAGGGCAAGAUUUCGCCUGACCAGGUAAUCCUGGUUGAGCUAAACCAGUCGGGGUUCCAGUGCUCUUUCUCAGAUGAUGAGGAUCUGAACACUAUUGCAGAAGCGGACAGCAUUUAUGCUUUCCAGGCCCCACUCUCUUUUAGAAGGGACAGCUCUUCCCGAAUCUCAGGUUGUCCACAGAGUCUCCCAUCUUCUCCCAAUUCUGCUGAGCCAGAAGGGCAGCGUUUGGUUCGUAAAGGGGCCAUUUCAUCAGAGUUCCUGCACCAUGGUGGAGGUGGCAGAAUCCUGCUCCUUGUCUGUAAUGUAGCCAGGACAGGGCAGCAGGCUGUGAGGUUUGGCCCUCCGCUACUGAUGCAGGAAGAUAGAGCCAUGUCAUGGGAGCAGCUGCAGCAAUGUAUCCUAGGCAAAAUGCGCUAUCUGAUGAGAAGAGAGGCCCAAGUGCAGGCUACUGGGAGUCUGUUCCAGUUGCGAGUAGUUGGGGGUUCUUCACUGUGCAGCUAUCUCUCUCCUCAGGACAGAUGGCCGCUGUAUCAUCCAGCUGUGGACAGAGCACUGCAGUUCGGGGGCCCUGGUGGUCCCAUUCACGUGAAGCUGGUAGUUGAGUGGGAUCUGACCACCAAGGAAUGCUUGUUUGGCAACAUCCAGGAAGAAGUUGUUGAAGAUGCAGAAAGUGUGAGACUGAAGCAGCAGCUUCAUCAACAGCAGCACAGCUGUACCCUGAAUGAAUGCUUCCAGCUCUACACCAAGGAGGAGCAGCUGGCUCCAGAUGAUGCCUGGCGCUGUCCCCACUGCCAGGUACUUCAACAGGGUAUGGUAAAACUGAGCCUGUGGACACUCCCUGAUAUCCUCAUCAUUCACUUGAAACGCUUCCGGCAGGUGGGCGAGCAACGCCACAAGCUCUCCACUCUUGUGCACUUUCCCCUGCGUGGGCUUGACAUGGCUCCCCACGUGGCCAAGCGCAGCCGUGGCAGCAAGUGGGGCCCCUGGAAGCAGUCCAUGCCAGAAGAUGGCCAGUGUAAUUUCCUCUAUGAUCUGUAUGCCGUCUGCAAUCAUCAUGGUAGCCUGCAUGGUGGACAUUAUACAGCCUAUUGUUGCAACACCCUGGAUGGUCGCUGGUAUAGCUAUGAUGACAGCACCGUGGAGCCAGUCUUGGAAGAGGGCAUCAGCACACGUGGUGCCUACAUCCUCUUCUAUCAGAGACGGAAUGUAGUUCCCAGCUGGUCUGGAGGAAGCUCUGUUAGAGGAUCCACCAGCUCUUCCAUUUCAGAACAUUGGCUGGCACGGCUCAGUCGAAGCAACAAACGAGAGAGCCUCGCAUCCUGGAGCUCGACAACCUGUCCACCUCCGCCAAGAACAUCUCGCUCACCUCCCCUCAUCAAUGCCAGCACCAGCCAGGAGAAAGGAGGAUUUGAGUCUCGUCCCUUGGUUCGGGGUGUGCAGGGCAGAAGUGUCAGCCUGAAAGUUUCUUCUAAUAAGGCCAAGCUGGGCAUCCCCAAGCCCCUACCCAUGCGCUGGUCCUUCACCUCCAAAGAAUGGCCGGCAGAGCCCUCCAGGGAGCUUGUAGACUAUCUGGAGUCUGGCCGCAGACCUUGGUUCACAAAUGAGUCCAUCGUCCCUCUCAUAACUAAGGAAGGGGAAGACAGUGAGCUUAUGGUCACCAAAGCUAAGCCCAAUCCUGCUCUGACAAGUACGGGCACAACUGAGUCCACUGGCAAAGCAGCCGCUGCCAUGGAAAAUUCAAACACUCUGAAACGAGCAGGGAAGCCAAAGGAGGAAGUAGGUGAGCAGCCAUGGACACCCAAAAAACUGGUGCUUUCUCUCAGCACAGCACCUCCAGUAAAAGAUGAACCCAAGACCAAAGCUAACAUCAAUGGGACCUUUCGUAUGGGUUCAAACCUGGCCUCUUCCAGCAUUAUUCCCAAGGCUCGGGGGGAGGAAGAACAAAAGUCCAUGCCCUGGCUUGGGGAGAAGGAUCCAGAAGUCGAGAAACAAUCAGAGGGAAGGUUGGCGGUCUUCAGAAUUGGGUUUUUGCGAAAGGACCCCAAGCGACACAGUGAGUCUGACCGGCACGCUGCCAUGACAUCAUCUAUAGCCUCCUCUCAGGCAUCCUUCUCCAAUGGAACACUAAAUUUUAUCCCUGGCAGCAGGACGAACUAUGGUCUGAACCCCAGCUCCACAGAGGGGCUGUCCAAUGGGCGGAUCUCCCGUUCUGAGGUGGACAUUAAGCGUGCUCAGAGCUCCUGCAACAGCAAGGGAAGGAAUGACUGGUUACUGAGUAGGUCAACUUCUCUCUGCAAGGCAAACAAUGGGUCCUUGCAGGCCUCCAUGCCACCACUCACUUUAGAGGGCAUUUCCUGUGGCACCUUCCAGCGGGCAAGGUAUCAUACAGCAUCCCUGGGCAGGAGAAUAAUUGUACCAGAAUCCAGCUUCUGAACUAUCCUGCAAUUCUACCUGAAACAACAGAAUCAUGCCAACCUUUGGUGCUUAUAAGGUCUCAGGCCUUUGAAUAAGAUCUGCCAAUCGCAAGAAAACUUGGAUGGUGCUUGCUCUCUAAUGGUUUCUUGUUCAGACAAGAGUUAUUAAAUCCAAGUGGUGCUGAGGAACAUAUGUGGCCUGGAAGUAAAGAUGCAACAGGGACCUUGUAAACCAAGAUGUUAGAAAUGAGGGAAGAGAAAUGCUGGGGAAGGUGUUAAAUUAUUUAUUCUGUAGUUUAACUGGUAACUGUUGAGAGGAUAUGCUGCUUUGUAACAGCAUUUAUUUUGGUACCAAGUUGUAGGGAGGAUAGGGGAGAGUCUAAACAUUGCUCUAUGCAAUAAUCCCAGUGUUUUUAUUUUUGCAGAUCUUUGGGUUUUACAGAUCUAUUUGUUAUUAAAAAAUACCUAAAAUGAAUGGUGAGCAUUAAUAGCUUUGGGAAUCAGUGGAGCAAAUGGGUAGGCUAAUUCAGGAGUUGACUAUUCUCUAGCAGAUUCAGCCAAGGGAUGCAGGAUAAAUUUGUUCUUGUGUAUGUGUUGGCUGGCAAUGAACAUUGCAACAGCAUCCUGGACUUCUCUAAUGUUUAAAAAUAUACAUAGAAAAAAUGUUGGAUAACACUUCAUUUUCUUCUACCUGUUGGUGGUAAUCAAAGCUAACUUCUUCACUGUCUAGCUUAUCUACCUCAGAUUUUCUGGUAGUCAUCCAUCCAAAUACCAACCAAAUCUGAUCCAGCUUUGCUUUCUGAUGAGAGCCAAGGUUGUCUAGGUCCUGCCACCUUCUGUAACCAGUACAAAUAACUAGAAUUUUCUUCACAAGAAACAGAAAAAGUGCUGUUUUCCCAUUGUUGUACAGGGUUAGUACUUGUUAGUAGAUUAAAUAUGAAAAGCAAAGAGAUGGGGGGUCCAAGAAAAAGCCAUGGCUUCAUGUGUCAUUUAUAGAGUGGGUAAUAUUAUUGACACCAGAUAAGUAUGAUAUAUAAUGAACAUCAGGAACAAAUUUCCAGCUGGAAAUUCCAGAGACAUACCUGAAGAUGUGGGAUGGAAAAUUAGAAGAGGUAAAUUUGGGGUGUAAGAGUUGAUGAAACAAGCUGUGCUUUAAUGGUAUCUUCUGGGCACGUACUUAGAGAGAUGAUAGCAGAAAACAAGAACAUGGGAAGGGCAAAAAGCAAGAGAAGAAAAAGUCUUAGGAGCUAAAAAAAAGAACCAGAUGACUGUCACUGAAGUUCAGGGCAUAGAAGAAAUCAUGUAAGGGGACAUAGCAAAGUCUACAGUAUUGUUAAGGAGAAUGAGGAUAAAGAUGUUUUGGAUCUGGCAUUGUGGAAUCACCAGAGAUUUAGAAGGAGUGCAAUUACAGUGGAGUGUAAAGAGUGGGAAGCAGAUUAAAAGGGGAAAAAAAAGGGGGGGAACCUAAGUAGCUACAGUAUACAAGCACAAGAAGAACACAAAACAGCCAUUGUAUUAGGACUCUGAUUAUUCCGUAAGCAUUUUGGUUAAUUUGUGUCAUUUCAUUAUGUAAUUUAUGAAGGUAUGCCAUCCGUUCAAGGAAAGAAGUUCUUGAUUGGCAUUUUAUAUUACAGAGCUCUUCAUAAAGGAAUCCAUUAAAACACAUAGAGGAAUAAAUACAGCUUCACAAACCAA